UCCAUGCCGUCAUCUCCCACCACAUGCCCGAGACCAAAACCCUCGCUGCCGCCGCCGCCUCAAUCGCCAUAAACCCUAAGCUACUCGCCCUCACGCCUCGCCAAGUUUCUCUCGCGAAGAAGGAGACGCAGCGAACGGCGGCGGCGGCGGCGGCGGCUGCAUCCCCUAUGGAGACCAAGACCCUCCUCCUGCUCUCCAUAGCUCGGUAUCUGCAGAGCAAUGGGUUGUCCAAGACUCUCAAGAAGUUCCGCUCCGAAGCCCAGCUCGAGGAAGUUAGUUUUAAGGGUUCGACAUUGGAUUUGGAGGAAAUAUGUCUCAACUACUUGAAAACAGCUGAUCAUGCUGCGACGAAGAAUGGCCUAGAGAAAGGUGGCACACACAUGAUUGGUGAAGGAGACUCGGGUCCCUUGCCGGAAGUUCUUGAUAAGAAAAAGAAGAAGAGAAGUGGCGAGAGCAAUGUUGAUACUGCAAAUGGUGCAGUAGAUGAAAAUGUAAAAGGCAAAGAAAAGAAGAAAGGCAAAAAGAAUUCUGAUUUUCCGGGUAAAGACAGUAAAACGGCGAGCUUGAAAGAGCUAGAAGAGUCUCCUACGGAUGUGACUUGUGGAUUGCAGUCAGAUGAGAUUACUGUGAAGGGAAAGGAUAAACGAAGUAAGAAAAGAGAAAUGGUUUCCGAAUCUCUUGUUCCUCAAGAUUUAGCUUCUUUUGAGGGAAAUGACAUUGUUUCCUCCAAAGAUGUGAAGAAAUCUAAAAAUAAGAAAGAGAAAUCUAAGCAUAAAUCAGAUAAUGAUGAGCAGCACACUGCAAAGGACAAACGAGAUGAUGUUAAAACAAAAGCAGAGAAUGCUGUUGGGGUAUCCUCUAAGGACGAUGAUACUAAGACUUUGGAUGAGGGCAUCAAGUCGAAAAAAGGUUCCAAGAAAAGAAAAAGGCCUGAGUCUGAAGAAAAUGAAUGUAGGCCUGUUGAUCAGGAUACACUUGAUGAACCUAAACGGAGAAAGAGUGGUGAUGUUACGGAUGACAAGGUUGACAGGCAACUUGCAAAAUCAAAUGCAUCAGGAAUCAGUAAAGGAGCUAACGACACGGGAAGUAAUGGACAAAAUGGUCGAUGCAAUCUUACUGACAAGACUCCUAUUAAGCACUUUGAUGAUCCAGACAAUGUCAAAGAGAAUGAUGGAGAAGAAUCUGCUAAGAGGAAGAACAUGAAAAAGCAACGUGAUGGCUCUGCAGAGCCUACAACAGCAAAGGCGUUUCAAAGGAUAAAAGUUGAUGAAGUAAUAAUUGCUGAUGAUAGACUUAAGGACAACUCCUACUGGGCUAAGAAUGGUGCAGAAACUGGCUAUGGUGCAAAAGCACAGGAAGUUCUUGGGCAAGUUAGAGGAAGGGAUUUUCGGCAUGAAAAGACAAAGAAGAAGCGUGGAACUUACAGAGGAGGACAAAUUGAUCAGCAGUCUUACUCAGUGAAGUUUAAUUAUUCCGAUGAAGAGUAAACAAAGGGUCUUUGGUUGAAUUUAUCGAGGCCCGAUUGAUUCUGAGAUCCCACCGUAUGAAAUUAAAUUUAUGAGGAUCAGCAAACCGAGGAGUUCUCUGUGGACAGCAAGCUUCUGCAGGAAAAUCAAUUUUGUUGUGUUCUAUUUUUGGCCUUAGUUGACUGCUGUACCGGUUAUUUUUUACAAAUGCCUCAUCAGAUGGUUGUAUUGUACCCGGAUGUGUAUACAUUCGAUUGUAUUCGCCAGUCUGCUUCUUCGUCUUUUUCAUUUGUUGUCUUCGGAAACGGUUUCUUUUGUUCCAUUUAAUCCUUGUAUCGUCAAAUACAUCCUUGAAGAAUAAUGAUAUGCAUGUGGUCGGCCUAGGUAUGAUCGUGCCCCGGGCUAGAUCAAUCCUUGGGCACUGUCAAGGCCCCAGUAUCGACCUUGUAUCGGUCGAA